AAUAGUUAACAAUUAUUUGGGCUUUUUAAUAACCAAAUACCCCAAAGCUCUAGAUGUUAGCGAAUCACAUGGUCUUUGAAAUUGAUUGCUCCCUCUUCUAAUUCACGAGCAAUUACAUAGCAUCUGCUUUGUAAGUCACUAUCUGUGUAUUAUCAACAAAAACAAAACUAUAGAAAGUUAGAACUCCAAUUGCUUUUGACUAUUAAAGAUCUCUCUAACCGGAAACUACCCGGCAACUCUUUCCCGAUGUGACACUUCAACUGUACAAAUAAUUAUUAAUAAUUUACAAAACUACCCUCUCGAGUUUUUGUUCCAAUCUCUAAUACACAAACCCAUAAUCUCGAGUUCUUGUUCUUCUCUUGCUCUGUGUCGCGAUCACGAAAAUGGGUCUAAGCCAAACCGCAACCGCACUCGUAGCUGUAUUCGCGUUGUGUCUAACGGCAGUCACGGCCCAGCUCGCCUACGUUUUAUGGUGGAAACGGCGGUUUCGCCGUCGGAGUAUCUCCGGAGGAUCAGAGCUCGACGUGUUUUCCUCCCGCGGUGGAGACCCGACGGCGACACCACCGCCGUCGAAGGAGCUUCUAUACUUCUUCCUCUUUUGUGUAGAAAACAAACAGUUCCGGAUAGGAUCCGCCACCGCUCCACCUCUUCCCACCGCUGCACCGCCGGCUGAUGACAUGGCGUCAAAGUGGUCAACCACGGGAGAAGAUUUACUUUCCGGUCCUUCGGAGACUCUGUUUACCAUAGCUGAAGACUCUACCAGCGAGAGUGAUCAUAGGACGGCAGAUAUGGAGCCACGUGGAAGCGUAUCAGUCGACGAUCAUGUGAGAGACGACGAACUGGAAGAGGGUUCUGUCGUGACGGAUCAACACGACGACGAGGUUGACUCUAGUGAAUAUAAUCACGACGAAACUACGCCGUUUUCUACUCCGUGUGCUUCGCCGCCGUUUUACACGCCGUCGCCUUCUCCGGUUCGUGAUGAUCUCACGACUGAGCUAGGCGAGGAGAGUUGAGAUUAUGGGGAAAUCCAAAUCUCUGAUUAGUCGGGAAUUGACCCGGUCAAAGUGUCAGGGACGAGUUUCGUUUUUAUCCGGUUAGGUUUCGUAUGGGUCUUAAACCGUAAUUUAACUUAACCGAACCGAGACCCUAUUGUGAAUUUGUAACAUUAUUGAUGAUGAAUUAGGCUUUGGUUAUGUUUCUGGUUUUCUUUUUGUUAUAAUAUCCAGAGAAAAUGCUGGUUGACAUUAGACAAUGGGUUGCACCAAAAGUCAAUACAAGGCAUUGCCAUGCUAAUC